AUGCACUCAUCCUGUUAUGCUUCUUUUACUGAAUGUCGGUUCAAUAACAUCCUGUAUUUUUAUUCUACGGCCAUUUCUUAUAAAAAGGCCUCUGGGGGCUCAGAUUGGAGUCUUAACACUCAGGUUUAUAAACACCUCUCAGACAGGCUGUUUAGGGGGGGGAAAAUUUAUGUAUGUGGAAAUAACAUGGCCUAUCCUUAUUUACCCACUAACUGGACUGGUUCAUGUGCCCCUGCAUUGCUCUUGCCAGACAUAGACAUAAUUCCAGGAGAUGAGCCUGUGCCUUUGCCUAGCUUUGACACAUUCGUUCCUAGGCACAAACGAGCGGUCCAGUUUAUUCCAUUGCUUAUUGGACUGGGUAUCUCAGGAGCCCUCGCUACGGGCUCAGCUGGUGUAGGAGUGGCAAUAGACACUUACAACAAAUUAUCUCAACAGUUAAUUAAUGAUGUAAAUAUGGUCUAUCGGUCUGUACAAGAUCUUCAGGACCAGGUAGACUCACUAGCCGAGGUUGUCUUACAGAAUAGACGGGGACUUGAUCUACUAACAGCAGACAAGGGAGGUAUCUGUUUAGCAUUACAGGAAAAAUGCUGUUUUUAUACCAACAAGUCCGGGAUCGUCAGAGAUCGGAUUAAAAAACACCAAGAGGAACUAGAAAAAAGGCGACAGGAGCUUUUUGCUAACCCCAUGUGGGGCAUGUGGAACGGAAUUCUGCCUUACCUUCUACCCCUUGUUGGGCCCCUGGUGUCCCUACUCUUAAUCCUAACAAUAGGCCCCUGCAUUUUCAACCGGUUGACUCAAUUCAUGCGAGAAAGGCUGUCAGCUGUCCAAACCUUAGUGCUGACUAGCCAAUACCAAGCCCUAGAAACAAGUGACCCUGAUAAUCUAUAAAGGAGGGAAAGAUGCCCCUCCAUAGUUACAAAGAAAAAGGGAGGAAUGAAAAAAAAAAAAUUAAAAAUUAUAAAAGUCAGGAGCCAUGAAGUCUCUCAGGCAGGUCGCGUACCGGUCAGGAAUUCCAACUCACUGAUAAGC